AAAAACAAAUAUGUCAAUGUCAAGGCUGGUUUUUGCUGCUUGUAUCAUCUCUAUGGCAGCAAUUGCUCUAGCAGCUACUCCUGUAACAUACAUAUUUGGUGACUCCUUGACAGAUGUUGGUAACAAUAAUUUUCUGCAAUAUUCUUUAGCCAAAUCUAAUUAUCCUUGGUAUGGAAUUGAUUAUAGUGGUGGUCAAGCUACUGGAAGAUUCUGCAAUGGGAGGACUAUUGGUGAUUUCAUAUCUGCAAAACUUGGAAUUCCAUCACCACCACCUUAUCUAUCGGUGACUCAAAAUGUUGAUACCUUACUCAAAGGAGUAAACUAUGCAUCUGGUGGGGCAGGAAUUCUGAAUGAUACAGGACUUUACUUUAUUCAGAGGUUAUCUUUCGAUGAUCAAAUCAAAAACUUCAAGAAAACAAAAGAAGUAAUCACAGCAAACAUAAGAGAGGUGGCUGCCAACAAGCACUUCAAUGAGGCCACAUUCUUCAUUGGAAUUGGCAGCAAUGAUUACGUCAACAAUUUCUUGCAACCCUUCUUGCCAGAUGGCCAACAAUACACUCAUGAAGAGUUCACAGAGCUCUUAAUCUCAACCUUAGAUCAACAACUUCAGAGUCUUUAUCAACUGGGAGCACGAAAAAUAGUCUUCCAUGGCUUAGGUCCACUCGGUUGUAUUCCAUCACAGAGGGUCAAAUCCAAAAGUGGCCAAUGUCUAAAGCGAGUCAAUGAAUGGAUUCUGCAAUUCAACUCAAAUGUACAGAAGCUAAUCAACAGACUUAAUCAUCGUCUUCCAAAUGCAAAGUUCAUUUUCGCAGAUACAUACCCGUUAGUUCUUGAUUUGAUCAAUAAUCCCUCCACUUACGGUUUUAAGGUUUCAAACACGUCAUGUUGCAACGUAGACACGAGUAUUGGAGGUUUGUGCUUGCCAAACUCAAAAGUCUGCAGAAACCGCCAUGAGUUUGUGUUUUGGGAUGCCUUCCAUCCUUCAGAUGCAGCCAAUGCUGUUCUUGCAGAAAAGUUUUUCUCCCUUCUCUUCACAUCAUUUAAGUCUGCAGCACCAACUGCAGCACCAACCCCUUCUCCGACACCAUAAGUUUUCUCCAAUCCAUUGAACUGCAGCACAAUACAGAUGUACUUACAUUGUAA